UUUCUCCUUUGGCUGCUGGGGGUUGCGUUGCUUCUCUCUCUAACCCGGGCCAGCGAGAGAGAGAGAGCGGCAGUGAGAAACCACAGUACGGGAGACCAUCUGAACCUCAAGCUUCCAAGGAUUUCUUCGCCUUUUCCUUUUCUCUCUCUCGCUCCCAGUCUUCUUCUUCUUCUUCUUCGUCGCCGUACUCUCUGUAUCUCGCAGAUUCGCGAUCCGGUUCCAUUUUGCGGUCAAGUUUGGAUUCUAGCCGGUUUGAUCUCGCUGUCUUUAAGGGAAAGUGCUCAUACUCGACGAAGUGCGCCUAAUCCUUCUGUUUAAGAGUGAAAUUAUUGUGGAAAAUCUCCCGAGAUGAAGAAAGCCUUUGAUCAGACCGUCAGAGACAUAAAAAGAGAGGUUAACAAGAAAGUGCUCAAAGUUCCUGGAAUAGAACAGAAGGUUCUAGAUGCUACAAGCAAUGAGCCAUGGGGUCCACAUGGAUCACUUCUUGCAGAUAUUGCGCAAGCCUCAAGAAAUUACCAUGAGUACCAGAUGAUCAUGGGGGUCAUCUGGAAACGUCUUAGCGACACGGGAAAAAAUUGGCGACAUGUUUACAAGGCUUUGACAGUCUUGGAGUACAUGGUAGGCCAUGGGUCAGAACGUGUCAUAGAUGAGAUUCGAGAACGCGCAUACCAAUUAUCGACAUUGGCCAAUUUUCAAUAUAUUGAUUCCAGUGGUAGGGAUCAAGGUAACAAUGUUAGGAAGAAGUCGCAGAGCCUUGUGGCCUUGGUGAAUGACAAAGAAAGAAUAGCGGAGGUCAGACAGAAGGCGGCUGCUAACAGGGACAAGUAUCGCAGUUCAGCGGCUGGUGGGAUGUAUAGGCCUUCAGGAGGGUAUGGAGACAGAUAUGAUUAUGAAAGCCGCUAUGGGGGCAGGGAUGAAGAGCGUAGUAGUUAUGGAAGAGAAAAGGAAUAUGGCUACAGGGAUGAUGAUAGAUAUAGUCGUGAUGGAGAUCGGUACUCCAGAGAUUCUGAAGAUCGGUAUGGAAGAGAUGGAUAUAGGGAUGAUGAUUACCAUGGAAGGAGCAGAAGUGUCGAUUACCAAUAUGGGUCAAGAAGUCGGAGUUCUGACAGAGACCAAACUUUUGAGGAUGAUGGCCAAUCUUCUUCGCGGGGCAGUGGUGCCAGAGCUGAUGAUCAUUCUCAGAAUGGGAGCAGACAGCUUGAGAGGAAAUUUUCUGAACAAAAUAUUGGUGCCCCACCUAGUUAUGAAGAAGCUAUUAGUGAAUCACGGAGCCCCGUUCACAGUGAAAGGGAUGGAGGAGAGACUCCACAGGUGGCUGCUUCAAGAGCUGCACCAGGAGCUGCUUCUCCAUCUGCUGGAAAUACUGCGGACAAAGCAACUGCUGGUUUUGGCGAUGAAUCAUCUCCUCCAACCAAGGAAGUUAAAGCUUUUGAUGAAUUUGAUCCACACUAUACCAUUUCAGCCGGGCUUCCAUCUUCUACGCCUUUAAAUAUUGCUUCUGCUCCUGUAUCUGGCCCUCCAACAUCUGACCUGCCCGCCUCAGCCACUGUUGAGAUGGACUUGCUCGGCUCUCUUUCAGAUGUAUUUGCACCAAACCCGCUGGCCAUUGUACCCAUUGAAUCUGCUUCAGUUGAAACCAAUGGACAAGCAAACUCUGGUCCAGCUCCAUCAUUUUCUGCAUCUCAGCCUUCGACUCAGGCGUUUGAUGAUCCAUUUGGUGGUGACUCUCCUUUCAAAGCCAUCCCUUCUGGUGACACUGUCCUGAGCCAACAGCAGAGUUUUGCAGCUCCUUUCCAGUCAAUGCAACCCACCCAGACCACAGAGGUCUCGCAUCUGGCUGCCCUAAAACCCGACAAUACUGAUAACUUUGGCUUCGGGGACUCAUUCUCUGCUGUUGCUAAUCCUAAUUCCGGUGUUCCGAAUAUGCCCCCUCCAUCAAACUCACAAGCUUUCCCUCAAGAGCAAUUAACCACGUCAGGAAAUGAACUCGAUAUUCUCGCAGGCAUUCUCCCACUCUCUGGACCUCCGACUUCCCUACCUUCACAACCGAGUGGUAACAUGUACCAGAACUUUCAUCCUCAACCAGUCCCUACAGCUCCAAACAUGCCAGCUCAAACUCCUUUUGGUCAAGCUGCACAUCCUUAUAACAUGGCUUCUCAGCCACAAAAUCUGACGGGAAGUAUGCUGUUUAAUGGCGGAGGCUUCAUGCAUCAGCAAGGUCCUGCUGGUCCAGCAAGGUCCCAAAUUCCACAGUUUGCUCCACCAUCACAACCUACAAAUGGAAGUUACCUUCCACAACCUGUUUCUGCUCCUCCACCGAGCUCUCAAACUCCGUAUCGUACACUCAGUGCACCGGCUGGUCAGCUCGAUGGUGGCAACAAUGCCUUCGGUGACAUUUUCUCAUCAACUGGACCAUCGCAACCAGCUCUAACAUCUUCAACAGGAGCGUUUGAUAUGGUUCCUCAGCCGCAGGCUCAGAAGAAGUUCGAGCCGAAAUCAGCAAUCUGGGCGGAAACGCUGAGCAAGGGGCUCGUUAACUUGAACAUAUCUGGACCGAAAACAAACCCGUUGGCAGACAUAGGAGUGGACUUCGACGCAAUAAACAGGAAAGAGAAACGGCUGGAGAAACAGCCAACCGCUCAAGUAACAUCGACGAUCACAAUGGGCAAAGCCAUGGGAUCUGGUUCAGGCUUGGGCCGUGCGGGCUCAACCGGCAUGAGGCCCCCACCGGCUCCAGUCGUGGGGUCCAACAUGGCCAUGGGAGGCAUGAACCAACGGCCCAUGGGAAUGGGUAUGAACACGGGAGGGUACGGACAAGGCUACCCGAUGGUGGGUCCGGGUGGGUACAAUCCCAUGAUGGGUCCGGGUGGUUACAAUCCUCAGCAGCCAUAUGGUGGAUACCGUUAAGGACCAAGCGAAUUACGAUGCAAACGCACUAUUCACUAGUAAAAAUUCACGACGGAGAGACUUCAUAUAUUUGAUUUAUAUGUCUUCUUUUGCUUGCUCUGUUUCAUCCGCCUUUGAUUCGUUUUCUACUGUCUGUACGGAUGGGGUUUUGUUGUUGUUGUUGUGAUUAUAAGCAUGUAUAGGACUUGCGCUCUUGUUUUUUGCCCUCCGUGUAAUAUAAUUGGUGCUGAAUCUCUCUAUUUCUCUCA